AUGGCCGGCCGCUCCCGUCGGCAGACCAGCCUGCACAAUGAUGGCUUCACCAUACCAAAGGCUGAGGAUGUGGGGCUGGAUGAACGCGACUCGAGGAUCAUACUAGAUCCGCAGCAUAUCCGAUUUGCGUACGAGCUGCUCAAAACAACGAUUUCGACCCGGUCGGUCCGCGUGGUGCCACUUGGUAAUACUGCCAAAGCAGUUUGGCCGAGCCAGAUCCCCUGGAGCGAGGUAGCACUUGUGGAGAUCCAGGUGAACACCAAUCAUCGGCACUUGCACGACCAAAUAAAGAAAGAGGAUCGCAUCUUCGGCGACGGUACAGAAAUCGGCGCAGAGCUCUGGGUCCUGACUUCGAAUGACCCUUCGCAGGGUCCGUUGAGCCGUGUGCCGGCAAGAAUCUGGUUUGGUGGCAAUAUGGAAUGGCUCGAGCAAUGGGGCUGGACUUUUAACCACGAUUUGCCGGCUCCGGCGACGGACACUCCUUGA